AUGCUUGAAAAGAGGAUCCACUUAAGAAACCCCACUGCGGUUUUCUACUCGCCUGCCAUUCUAAAGGGUUACAGAUUAGAUUUCAACUUAUACGUGCCGUCGUGGCGCGGAGCAACCGCCACCAUCGUUAAAGACUUAGGCAGCACUGUUUGGGGUGCUUUGUGGAUUAUUCAUAACAGUCACAUGCAUCGAUUGGACGAUACCAUUUUAAGUUCAAAAGAUGUAUGGUUUGAAACGGAAAAUUGGGUCAGUGAUGAAUCAUUAUUUCCUCAUAAAAAUGGAGCACCUGGGCAAAUCUUGCAUGCAAUUCAAAACUCACAAAUAGCACUUGUUGAUAAUGCACCAAAAGGAACACAGCUGAAACUUUUACUGUUGCUCGAGGGUAAACAAAAACUUUACUUCAAACCAAAGAGAUACAGUUUAGAUGAAGUCAUAAGGGGCAAUAUAUAUGCUGGUUUUGAUAGGCAUAACUCAGAAGUCUUUGCUUACUAUUUAGCCAUGGUGCUAAACUUUAAAUGGAUUGCUCCUUCUGUUAUUAGAAAGAUUCCCAUUGAUAAAGACAUUGUACCAAAAGCAACAUUGGGGCUCAAGAAAACUAUGGUGAAAAAUGGUAAUGGUGAGGUUUGUAUAUUUGGAAAAUGUUUUUACUGCAAAAGAAAUGAAACUGUGUGUCCCGACAAAAAUGGCGAAAUUGAAGGAGCUGCAAUAUUAUACUUGGACAAACAAUUCAAAGUUCACAAGUCGCCUUGGCGUCGCUCAUAUACUGCAAAGAAAAUGGAAUGGGAAAGAGAUAAUGACUUUUGUAAAAAAGUCAGUGGAUCCCUCAGUAUGAGGAGGAUUCUUAAUCUGAUAGAUGUCGCCAUUUUCGAUUUCUUAAUACAAAAUGGAGAUAGACAUCGAUAUGAAGUCUAUAAAGACCAGAUAUUAUUAUUAGAUAAUGGAAAAGGUUUGGGAAAUCCCACGGUGGAUGAGUUGGAUAUUUUGGCGCCUCUUUACCAAUGUUGCAUAUUGUCUUCGUCUACUUGGAAAAAUUUAGAAAUGGUUUCUGGUGGAAGUUUAUCGGAGACAAUAAAACUUUUGUCUGAAUACCAAGGACAUAAGUUGGCAUCAGAAGAACAUUUCAAAGCAGUUGAUCGGCGUCUUAUGAAAAUUUAUGCUACAGUUCAAUAUUGCAUAGGAAAGCAUGGCAGUUCAAAGGUGUUCAAGAAUUUA